UCUUUUGCGCGGUCAUGCCGCUGAUCUUAAUAUGCGACCAUGCCAGAAAUUUUGAAUAAUAAAAAUGGAAAUUUAUCGUAAAAGAUGCGAGGAGUUUCAGGCGCUCUGCUUCGGUGAAAAUGACAUAAACUUUGAGCAAUUGCGCAGACUAUGUUUUAAUGGUAUUUCUGAUAAAGGUGGUGUGAGAUCACUUUGCUGGAAAGUGCUGUUAAAUUAUUUACCAGCAAAGAAGGCUGAGUGGCCACAAUUUCUUGAGAAACAAAGGAAUACAUAUAAACAAUAUGUGAAUGAAAUUAUUGUCGAACCAUUUAAAGGCAAGGAUAUUAGCAAACCAGAUGAACUUAUAGAUCAUCCACUCAAUCCUAAUCCAUCAAGUCAAUGGCGAACAUAUUUCAAAGAAAAUGAAAUAUUAUUUCAAAUUGACAAAGAUUGCAGGAGGCUACUACCUGACAUUUCCUUUUUUCAAAGUCCAACUCAGUAUCCUAAGAAAGAGUUGAUAGGUGAUGAUAAAGAUUUUCCUACUUUAAGAAAAAGAGUUAAAACAUCAUACUUAGAAGCAGCUCAUGUCAAAACAAAUCGGAUGGGAAUUACAAACUUUACUGUAACAAAACAUCUACAAAAUGACGAAUAUACUGUUAUUCUUGACGAAGAGAAGGAAGCACAUUGGGAAGUUGUGGAAAGAGUAUUGUUUAUUUACGCGAAACUUAAUCCAGGAACAUCGUAUGUCCAGGGAAUGAAUGAAAUAAUUGGCCCACUGUAUUAUAUCUUCGCUUCCGAUCCCGAUGAGAAAUGGAGAGAAUUUGCUGAGCCGGAUGCAUUCUUCUGUUUUAUGAAUCUAAUGUCUGAAAUACGAGAUUUCUUUAUUAAGACGCUGGAUGAAUCUGCAGUUGGAAUAGGAAGUAGUAUGAAUAAAUUGAUGAGUAUUUUACAAGAUCGUGAUUUCGAAUUAUGGAAAUCAUUAUCUGAACAAGAACUACAACCACAAUUUUAUAGUUUUCGUUGGAUAACGGUGCUAUUGAGCCAAGAAUUCCCUCUUCCUGAUGUUAUUCGACUGUGGGAUUCGUUAUUUUCGGAUUCUCAAAGAUUUGAAUUUUUAAUAUUUGUAUGCUGUGCUAUGUUAAUGGUUAUUAGAGAUCAAUUAUUAGAAGGCGAUUUUGCUACUAGUAUGAAACUUGUACAGAACUACCCAGUUACAGAUAUUCAUAUAAUACUGAACAAAGCAAUAGAACUUCGUGACCCGUUUAAAAUGUUAUCAAAUAAAAAAGUAAAGAAGAAAUCCAACAAAUGAUGACAUACAUGAUAAAUAAUAUAUUGUAUAAUAUCGAAUUAGAUAUUUAUCAGGAAACAGUCCUUAUUCAUUAUUACGAGUAAAGCAUUAAUUGAAUUGCACACAUGCGCAUCAGAAUGACAGAAUCUGUGGCGAAGUUCCGUGUAAUAAAAUCACAAAUGACCAAUGUUUUGAUCUAGCUAGUAUAUAAAAGCCUAAAUGUAUCAGUAGAUGACACAAAGCUUUGAUUCAAAAUCAUUUUUUAGUUUUUAUAUUCACUUUUGUAAAUAACUACUU